ACGCGUCACUCGUCACGUGACGACUCCGACCGGCUGUUUGACUCGGAAGCUGCAAUGCUCGAGCGAAACGCGUGAGGAAAGAAAAAUGACCGACAGCGACCUCGAAUUCACGUCCUAGACAGCACGAUAGACGUUUUCCAUCUGAUCAGCGAUCGCGCAACGACGUAUUACAGCCUUCAGUCGGUCAGUGACUCGUAUAACGGCUUCAUUCCGGUUCGUCGUCGAAAAAGGUACGCGGUUGACGUAAAAGCGCUCAAGGGUCGGUGCUCGGUCCUAUUACGUUGUGAAACUAUGGAGAAAGCUACAUCACCCGAACAUAAUGGAGCACCUGAACACUACACGAACGGGCUGAUGAACGGGUUUCACUCUGCGCAGUCCGGUCCGAGCGGAGGAGGAGGAGGAGGAGAUGACAGUGGCCCGAACUGUAGCGGUGGCCAUAAUGGUAUUGAAAAUAUCCACCAUCUUCACCAUCAGGAUGUCGCGCACAACAACGGGUCUCCUGCUAAACGCUGCAGGCUUCGGAGACGGAUGGAUUCGGGGAGAAAACACCGACCACCAUUUCCGUGGUUUGGCAUGGAUAUCGGUGGCACUCUGGUGAAGUUGGUGUACUUUGAACCAAAGGACAUCACAGCUGAAGAGGAGCAGGAGGAAGUGGAGAGCCUGAAGAGUAUUCGUCGCUACCUAACAUCCAAUGUGGCCUAUGGCAACACAGGCAUCCGUGAUGUGCACCUGGAGCUGAAGAACCUGAUCAUGUGCGGCCGCAAGGGCAACCUGCACUUCAUUCGCUUUCCCACACACGACAUGCACAGCUUCAUCCAGAUGGGCCGGGACAAGAACUUCUCCAGCCUGCAUACAACACUAUGUGCUACUGGAGGGGGGGCCUACAAGUUUGAGGAGGAUUUCAGGACGGUGGCAAAUCUGGAGCUGCAGAAGCUUGAUGAGCUGGACUGCCUGAUCCAGGGCCUGCUCUACGUCGACUCGGUCGGCUUCAAUGGCCACGCAGAGUGCUACUUUUUCCAAAACCCCUCUGAUCCUGAAAACUGUGUCAAGACGCCAUGUUGCCUUGACAAUCCCUUUCCCAUGUUGCUGGUAAACAUUGGCUCAGGAGUCAGCAUUCUGGCAGUUUACUCCAAAGACAAUUACAAACGGGUCACUGGCACCAGUUUGGGAGGGGGUACGUUUCUCGGCUUGUGCUGCCUGCUAACCGGUUGUGAGACGUUUGAGGAAGCUUUGGAAAUGGCGGCCAAAGGGGAUAGUACAAAUGUCGACAAGCUGGUAAAGGACAUAUACGGCGGUGAUUAUGAGCGCUUUGGUCUUCAGGGAUCUGCUGUAGCAUCGAGUUUUGGUCACAUGAUGAGCAAGGAGAGGCGUGACAGCAUCAGCAAAGAAGACUUAGCCAGAGCUACUCUUGUCACCAUAACAAACAACAUUGGUUCCAUUGCCCGCAUGUGUGCUGUGAAUGAGAAAAUUGAAAGAGUUGUAUUUGUUGGGAAUUUCCUGCGAAUCAACACGGUUUCUACAAAGCUGCUAGCGUACGCCAUGGACUUUUGGUCAAAAGGACAGUUGAAAGCCCUGUUUUUGGAACAUGAAGGUUAUUUUGGGGCUGUUGGUGCCUUCCUAGAGCUACUGAAGAUGACUGAUGACCUCUGAGGCAUUGAAGAACUCCUGAAUUUUCUAACCAGAAGCUGCUGUAAGAUGUCAAAGAACGCCUCCUCCUAUAACCAGGAAAAGCCAAGUCAGCUAUCUAAGAUGAUGCCUGUCUCUCUGUUUGAAAGCUUAAUGCAAGUCUAAUCUAGAAACCUGUAUCGGGUGUGGAGAGUAUUGUGUGUGUUUGCCACUAAUAAGAACGGUACAGUCUGCUGUAAAAUAAAAUGAAGAUGGUUAUGUUAUAAUAGUCAGUGCCCCAUAAGCCAAAAUCUGCUGAUUUUUAGAGUGAUGCUGAGCACUUCUGCAAAACCCCAUGUGUUGUAUGUUUUAAAUAUUUGGCAUAAAACAUGACUUAAUAGAAUUGAAAGUAAUCAUCAUCUCCCCCACCUUGCCUGUCCUGAGUCAUGGUUCCAUUGUAUUAUAGUCUUCUUUACCUCGUCCAAAAUGUUUCGGUGAGAUUUUGGCCAACUUUUCUGGUUUUAAAGGUCCAAUAAGUAAGUUUUUUUUAUUUUUUUAUUUUUUAACCAUUCACACUUAAUGGUAGAUAAUAUAACCGCUUAUUUUGAGGAAUGUGGCUAUGACGUCAUUGUCAUAGGGACAUGCUGAUGGCUGGUAACAAGAAGUAAUUCGUUGAUCUCGUCAGUCGACUCCCUUUUCAGUUCAUACUGGCCACGCUGGAGUUACGUCCACUUCACAUGUUGCAAAAAAAAAAAAAAAAACCCCAGGAAAGAACAUGUGACCAACAAAUGAUUAGCAGUUAGUCAGUAAUAUGCAAUGUACAGCAAAGCCGAUAAUUCCCUGAUUAAGAUAUGAGCGUUAUUAUGCACACCUCAGUAAACUGAACACUGUGGUCCAGCAUUAGUGUACACAGGAAACGGCCUGAUCACCGGGGCAGGAGAUUUGAGCAUUACUUAUUGGACUUUGAUAUUUAUGUUGGAAAAAUCUGUACAGUGAAAUCAUUUAGAAAAAAUUUCAUACAAUGACUAAACAGUAUUCGCCAAAACAAAUAAAUUAUAUAGGUCUACGUCCUUCUCCAUCUGAAUGUCUAGAAGCUAUACAUUUUGGGACCAAGGUUUUUUGUGUUUACUAAUCAGCUUUUUUUUGUUAGAUGAGUGUAGUUGAAUUUAGCCGAUUUCUUCAAUAUUAGCAGUAACGAUCUGCUUUUAUCCCAUAGUCUGAAUGAUGAAUUGUUUGUUGGAUGACUACUCUAUUCACAUGACCAUAAUUCUCUGUACCCUUGUGGUGUACUUACACUGUAAUAGAUGUUUUUAUUAUUAUUAUUAUUAUUAUUAUUUCUUUGUUUCUAUUUAAACCACACUUUUGCAGAUUGUGUCAUUUUAGCGCUAGUCAUUCUCUGUGGCAUUAUAUGAUGGUAUCAUAGUUUAACUUGAAACUUCAAUUUUGAGCCUCUAAACAUGUCUCCUGCCUUUGUCCCCGCCUUUCUAACAAAUGCCUUCAUCAACCUCUGUACGUUUCUUUUAAAGAAGCCCAGCACAAUGUACCUUUAACAUCAGCAUGCACCUUUAGGCUUGCUGUGUAACAUGUUCCCAUGACAAAGUGCCGCAAUGAAGAAAUGGAUUCUUUAAUCUUUGCCAGAGCGACCGGGGCUGAGGCUGUUGGGUUAAACAUGGCUGAUAGAUACUGAAUAUCAAGAUAGUCUGUGAAAUCCAAUUACUGUAACAAAUUCACAAUCACAGCUCUAGGAAUUUAAAGGAAUGGUUUGUGAGAGAACUUUAGCGUAUGCAGAAUAUCAGCAAUACAAUACUGCUGACCGACUAGUAUUUUAAGCAAAUAUACAGAGUGUUAAGCUAAUCAUAGUAAAUAAAGACGAACACUAGUAAUACUUUCAUGUCACCUCACAUGUUUAGUAUUCAAUCACCAGCUCUCAGCAGCCACACCUACACGUUUUAUGUCUAUUUAUAAUGCCUCAUAGUCUGAAACUCAUUUGUUAUUAAGGGCACAUGGACUUUUUAGCUUCAGCAAACAUUGCAAUGCCAAUGGGAAUCAAGCAUUCCCUUUUAAUGUGUAGAGAUUUAAAACCGUACGUGAUGCUGGAUUUUUUCCCCCACAUUUCAUCCUCUCAUUACCUUUACUUAGUCCUCAGAAUUGCCUUAUGCUCUGUUGGUCGCCAUUUUGACUGCUGAGUGUCUGUGUAUGCGCAAUGGCAGUCCAACACAACACGUUUUUUUCACACGUUUUUUCCCCUCUUUUCUUUCCAGUCAAGUGUUACGGGGUGCCUUUACUAAUGGAGACCAGACUUUUAUCUGUGCAUUUUUCUUUGUCAUCUAGAUGUCAUUGUAAAAUGUUAAUUUUGAGUUGGUCUGUUUGUGUUUAUUUAUUUAUUUUUUUUCUUUUGUUAUUCAGGAAAUUUAAUCCAUAUGUUAGUACACACUGUUCAAAUCUCCGAGUCACUGCAAACUAAAAUUACACCAGGAAGAAUGAUAUGAAUUCAAAGGAAUGUGAGACAAGUUGAGGCACUACAGUCUUUGUCAUUAAUGGUAAAAAUGUGUACCAGGCUUGUGUCUGUCUAACGCAUUACUGGUAGGGCUUAACAUAUCUUCAGGCGUGUUCGAUUUCUGUUUGUUUGUUUGUUUGGGUUUUUUUUUUGUUUUCAUUUGUGUGGUGUUGUUUUUUUUACAUUCACACCAGCCUGUUGAGUCAUGCUUAAUGCAUUAUCAUCACAAAACUUUAGAGUUGAUAUGAUUUUAGUAAUAAAAUCUUCCACAGUCUGGUCUUAUCUUUUAUAACAGACCAUGUAUUCUUUUGCUUUCACAAGUAAUAAGAACAACAUACAUGCCUGAUUGCGUACCAGAAUGUGCUUGGUCUCAGCUGUGUGGCACAUAAGCAGUCUGUUAAAAGGCAGUAUAUUACCAUGUGUGUAAUCGUCCCCUUCAGUGUUGUCACUCUGAUCUGGCGGACCCUGUGUGUGGACCUUGUUUACAUGUUGUAGAGGGGGUCGAGACUUAUUUCUGCCCCAUGUGGAAUUAAAAGCUCAUUCCAACCUGCUCUAAGAUUUCAUGUCCUCACAAAUCUCUUUUGAUAUUUUUUCCGUUUAUUCUUCAGAUCUUCUCUGUUGUCAACAAACCUUGUGAAACCUUUAUUAAAUGUGAUGAAUCUAUGAAAA